CACCGCCGCCGCCCCGACGAUAAAAAGUUGUGCGGAGCGCCGAGGAUGGGAGCGCAUCUGCAGCCUCUAGCCCUGCGGCUUCUGGCGUUGACUUUCCCCUUGGUGGCGAAGGGUUUUCCUGACGAAACCUUGGAGAAAGCCGCGAAAUCCGAGGGAUAUUGCAGUCGGAUCCUGCGAGCCCAAGGAACCAGGAGGGAAGGGUAUAAUGAAUUUAGCCUCAGGGUGGAGGGUGAUCCAGAAUUUUACAAGCCUGGAAGCAGUUACCGGGUGACGCUUUCUGCUGCCACUCCUGCUUACUUUCGAGGAUUCACAUUGAUCGCUCUCAAGGAAGGAAAAGAAGGUGACAAAGAAGAUGACCAUGCAGGAACUUUUCAGAUCAUAGAUGAAGAAGAAACACAGUUCAUGAGUAAUUGUCCCGUCGCUGUUACUGAAAGCACACCUAGAAGGAGGACACGCAUUCAAGUGUUUUGGACGGCUCCUCCUACCGGUACAGGUUGUGUAAUUCUGAAAGCCAGUAUUGUGCAGAAGCGCAUAAUUUAUUUUCAAGACGAGGGUUCUCUCACCAAAAAAAUUUGUGAACAAGACUCAGCCUCAGAAGGUGUGACUGACAAACCAAUUUUAGAUUGUUGUGCCUGUGGAACUGCCAAAUACAGGCUAACUUUUUAUGGAAACUGGUCAGAAAAAACACACCCCAAAGAUUUUCCAC